UUCAAAUCCAUUCUGCGCAUGUCAAUUUUUCAUUUUUUAAUUUCAAAAUUGGAUCUUUUGCUGUCUUGAUUGCUUGCUUGUUUGUUUGUUUUCUCUUGGAUCAUGCUGAGAUUUAAGCAUAUAGUGACUCCACUUUUAUGUAAAUUAAUCUGCAUUUCUGUUGUUCUUUUUAUAGUUUUUGAAGUUUUAUGAUUUCUGCUUAGAUAGAAUGGUUACUUAAAACUAUCUUUAGAUUUCACCUGAAAAAAGUUAUUGAAAUUUCUGUUGAUUUGAGAUGUACUAUAACUUUUUGAGAUUUUGUUUUGAGGAAUAGAAAGAUUUAUACUCUUGAUGUUAAGAAUUUUUUUUUUUAAAUUUAUUUUCCCUCUUGUAUAUUAUGUUCUGGAGUUGGGCAUUGGCAUUCUUAUUAUAUGUUCAUCCUUACACACGAACAAUUUAGACUUGUUUUCUCUGUUGUAAUGCUAAAGGAUAUAAUAAUUUAUAUCUAUAUGAUGCUUUACUUUCCUCCUUCCUCAGUUCUUCUCAAGUUACUGCAUCUUGUUUAGUGUUCAUGUCUCAUCCAGUGGAAAAUGAAAUUAUUGGAUGCUUUUAAUGAGUGAAUUAGAAUACACAUUACCCAGAAGUUAUGGAGUAUUUGAUUAGGAAGAUUUGGAAGCUUAUUGAUAGUCAUUCAGGUUGUCUUGUUUGGUUUUCACUAAUGUGUCUUGAUCCUUGGAAGUAUGACUGAAUGUUAUCAGAUAAGCUUAAAGAACAGGAUAGCAGUAUAUCCUCAAAUUGCAAAAUUCCAUCCUUAUUUUUGGGUGAUGAUGGAAACCCGCAGCCACCUCUGCCUUGUGCCCUAGCUGGCAAAGGACCACAAGGAGAGCUGUUGGAGUGCUGAUAAAGCCGAUAUCCUCACUCUAACACAAGAUCGAGUCUCAAAUAUAGUUCAGAAUUUGGGCGCCAGAAACUUGAGAGUUCCAACAUCUUUACCAUGUCUAUGCUGAAAAGGUUACGUUGUGUCACACUCGAUGUUACUGGUACACUGAUCGCUUACAAAGGAGAGCUAGGUGACUACUAUUGCAUGGCAGCCAAAGCCGUGGGACUUCCAUGCCCCGACUAUAAAAGAGUACAUGAGGGCUUUAAACUCGCUUAUACAGAUAUGGCAAGAAAACAUCCAUGCUUUGGGUUUGCAGAAAAGAUCCCGAACAUUAUCUGGUGGAAGACUUGUGUGCGAGAUUCAUUUGUGAAGGCUGGAUAUGAUUAUGACGAGGAGACUUUUGAAAAGAUCUUUAGACGCAUAUAUGCAACGUUUGGUUCCUCUGCACCGUACACUAUUUUCCCAGACGCCCAACCAUUCCUAAGGUGGCUUCGUUCUACAGGGGUUACAGUCGGGCUUGUCAGCAACGCUGAGUAUCGGUAUCAGGACGUAAUCCUUCCAGCGCUCGGUUUGAAUCAGGGAUCCGAGUGGGAUUUUGGCGUAUUCUCUGGGCUAGAAGGCGUAGAAAAGCCAGACCCGAAGAUAUAUCGGAUUGCGUUGGAGAGAGCUGGAAACGUUGCUGCAGAAGAAGUUCUGCACAUAGGGGACAGCAUGCGAAAAGAUUUCGUACCGGCUAGGAGUGUGGGGAUGCAUGCAAUAUUGCUUGACAGGUUCAAGACAGCUGAUGCUGAAAAUUGGAGGAAAUCUGGAGCCACUGUGCUGCCUGAUCUGGUAGCAGCAAAAGAGUGGCUUACUUCUGAACAAUUGCAUUCCUGAGUAAUUUGUGCUCUUAAAUUAGUGUUCUAAUUUAUAUCUGGUUUUAUGCUGUAUUUGCACUGAGAAAAGAAAAUGAAUAGACAGACAUUUGUUAAUGAAUUUGGUUCAAGUACACAUAACAGCAGCUUUGUUGUGCACCAA